GGAACCUUUGCCACUCUGCUUCAGUUCUUUAAAAAGGACAUUCAGACAUUUCCUUUCUCAUCAUGAACACAUCAAACAGCUCCACAGAAGAUGACCGGGUUUAUGCUGGGGUCUUUGGCUGCAUUAUGGUGAUAGGUCUGCCACUGAAUGCAGUCUCACUGUGGAUUCUUCUUCGCCGCCACAGCCUCAAAUCACCCAACGCUGUCUUCAUGGUGAACCUGGCACUCUCAGACCUGCUAGCCAUCUUCUCUUUGCCCAUGAGGAUCUACUAUCAUGCAACAGGCACCUCGCUGGGAAUUUUCACAUGCCACUUCAGCGUAAUAAUCUUUCGCAACAACCUCCGCUCCAGCGCCUCCUUCAUCACCUUCAUAAGCGUGGACCGACUGCUGGCUGUGGUUUAUCCUCUGAGGUCUCGCCAUCUUCGGACCUCGUGCAAUGCCUGGAAAGGAGCAGCGCUCGUCUGGGGGGUUUUGCUGGUGGUAAAUAUCCCAGAGGGCAUAGGAUUUGUAAAACACAUACAGAACCACACAGAUCACAUUUGUUUUGAACUUCAUGAAUAUAAAAGUGUAACACGAUCAGCAAUUAUUUACCUUCAGAUUGUGUUACUGGUCACAAUGCUAGCAGUCAACAUUGUGUGCACCGUUAUGGUUUCCUGGACUCUACACAAACAUCUCAGUGACUCUGCAAAGGUCAGAAACAAGGUGAACGUAAUGCUGAUUUUUGCCAUCAACUUGCUUAUAUUCUGCACAUGUUUUCUGCCCAUGCCACUACACAUACUUACAAAAAGCAAAACCAGCAUAGCUCCACUGGCAUGUCUGAUUGUUUUGAGCUGCUGUCUGGAUCCACUGAUGUAUUAUUUUUCUUUUGACUCCUUCUGGAAGAAAAAAGAGGACACGGGAAGAGAACUAUAGAUUAGUGACCUGCUAGAGUUGCUAUCAGAUGUCCCACGAUACAUGCCUGUUUUUUGUUUUUUUUGUUUUUGUUUUUUACAAAGUAGCUCGUUUGUGCACAAGAUUCUUAAGUAGUUCAACCACAUGCACAGUUUUCAGCAGUUAACCAUCAAUGUUCAUUUCUUCAGUAACAUUUGUGUCAAGCCCAGAAAGUGAAGGAGUGAAAGAGGCUUGGCUUAGUUGUUUCAUGUUCUAUUUUUACUGCAACAUGAAAACCUCAACCACAGACUUACUAGAAACUGUGAAAAAAGGAAGCUGCAACACUUUUUUCUGUUUGCAAAACUGCGUCCUUACUUGUCUUCAGUUUACAUGAAGUCAAUAUCCUGAUCAGUAUCAUGUAAUAAGUUUGUCAGAUUUAACACUCUGACAUGAGAAGAUGUCCCCUCCCCCCAGAAAAAACAGAGUCUUCCGGAAGUCACGUGUGUGGAACUACAUACUGUCAGGGACAUGAAACAAACAACCUUUUCUCAUAUCGUUGUUGCUUUGGCCUAAUAUUUAAUCAAGACGUAUAAGAGUAAUAUCAAUCUCCUCAUUUCUCUUUUGGCAAA